AUGUAUAAACUCGAUCUUCCCAUUGAUCAUAAAGAAAAAGCAGCUAUUGAACGACGUCGUCGUGCUGAACAAGAACGUCAAGGACGAAUAUUCAAUUCGAAAUAUCGACAAAUAGGGGUUGAUAAAAAUACUCUUGAUCAACAAAUUCAAGAUCGUAAAUGGAUGGAAGACUUAGAACAAAAACGAGCAUCUGCCUUUGCUAAAGAUGCCGUUCGAAAUGAUACCAUAGCUCAAUUACUUCAACGUCGUCAAGAAUAUGAUGAAAGAGAAAAUAAUCGAGCAUUAAAUGAAUUUCGUGCUUUACAUCAACAACCAUUUGCUCAACGUGAAUGGGAUUUAAAUGAUCCAGACUUUUUAAAGAAAGAUAUGCCAGCACGUAUCUCUGACGAUGAUCCACGUUGUGGUAUAGCUACUUUACAAAAAUUUCAAGGUGAAGAUCUUAAUUCACGUGCACGAGCGAAAUAUCAACAAGAACAAUUACGUGAAUGGUCACGUUUACAGAAAGAAGAUCAACUUCGUGCACAACAAGAACAACAUUCAGCUGAUCGUUUGUUUUUUGCUAAACAAAAUGAAUUAGAUCAACGAGCUGUUGAACUUCAACGAGGUGAAGAACAAUGCCGAAGGGAUAUUAAUAAAUCUGUUCGAAAUUACAAUGACGCAUUAUUUCAAGAAAAUCAAGAACGUCGUGCGUUGAAAAAACGUCAAGACGAUUAUGACAAUUAUGCUGAAAUGACAAAUAUGGUUACAAGUGAUUUAUUAUCAGAAAAUCCUGAUCAAGCUAUGAGUCAAUUUGGACCACAUAGAGUUGUUGUAGAUCGUUGGAAAGGUAUGGGUGAAGAUCGCUUACAGCGCAUACGUGAUGAACAACAACAACAACUUGAAGAGAAAAAACGUCGUGAUGAAGAAGAACGACAACGCGAACAAGAAUGGGAUCAACGUCGUAUUGCUGAAGCUAAAGCUGGAAUGAUUGCAGAAAAACAACUUGAACGUGAUCGACGUGCAUUUGAACAUGAUCUUAAAAAUGAUAAUCAACGUUUAUCAAAUGAACAAAGAAAUCUUAAAUCAUAUCUUGAUCGAGUUGUUUAUACAAAUCAACCAACUGCCGCUUAUUUUACACAAUUUAAUGGUUCAUCAAGAUAG